UGCGUGUCAUCGGUUUUCGCCGCUGCGUCGUCAUCUAGGGUUUCACGAUCCUUUGCUUGGGCUGCGGCGGCAAGAGGGGAGGGGAGGAGAGGAGAGCAAUCGAAAAUGGUGCAGCGAUUAACAUACCGAAAGCGGCACAGCUACGCCACCAAAUCCAACCAGACUAGGGUUGUUAAGACCCCAGGUGGAAAGCUCACUUAUCAGACUGCUAAGAAGAGGGCGAAGGGCCCGAGAUGUCCCGUGACCGGUAAGCGUAUCCAGGGGAUUCCUCACCUGAGGCCUACUGAGUACAAGAGGUCCAGAUUGGCUAGAAACCGCAGGACUGUGAACCGUGCAUAUGGUGGUGUUCUGUCUGGAAGUGCAGUCAAGGAGAGGAUUAUUCGAGCAUUUUUGGUUGAAGAGCAGAAGAUUGUAAAGAAAGUCUUGAAGAUCCAAAAGGUGAAGGAAAGGCAGGCUGGAAAGAGCUAAAACCAGGAAAUGGAAAAUCAAGUGGCCUUUUAAUUUUGUUCACCUUGGCAGGAAUUUUUGAUUUCUUGGAUAUUACUGCAACGGUGCGGUAGUGUUUGUCACAGUACUCGUUGCAUCUUUGGGCAAAUCUUCUAUCCUUGGCUUGAACGUCUUCAAAUAUCGCGGAAUUUCUAGUUUGUUUCCUUUUGAGUAUAUUUGUUCUAGGUCUCAACAGUACACAUUUUGGUGUUCCUUGAAUUAUUAUAUGUUAAAUGCUGCUUUUAUUUA